GACCAGGAUAAGUACAUAGUGGUCACACGUCACGGAUCGGUAGCCACGGCGAGCCCCAGUGCAAAAAGUAGCAUGAAAAGUGGAGUAAGCGUGCUGCACUUGAAUUAAAUCGCACAUGUUACAGCUCAAUAGUAGCUGUUCAAUACACCAAGGCCGUGGUGUUUGCCGUGACACACAGUCAGCAGAAGGUCCUUGGCUUCGUAUGGAUACACUGUAUGUGCUGCUGUGUGGAGUGUCAGAUAUAUACAUUACCAGCAGGUUGUGGAGCAUCAGGAAAUGGCCUAUAACAAGAACAAGACUGUUCAAGGGCAUAAACUUAUGAAGGAAACAAAACAGUAAGGUAGAAGACUAACAGCCAAUCAGCCCAAUGAAGGACGUCACAUGACAAGCUGAGAUUGGCGGUCAUAUUACAAGCAGAACAAGAUGGGUGCAGUAAACAGUUGCUGCAUACCUCGACGAUCGUUCGAGGAAUGCAGGGAAAACAAGAUCAGUACACCCCGCAUCAAGGGUCAUCGGCGUAAUUUAAACGCCACCUUUAAUUUUUCAUUUGGCGAUGAUGAUAGCGGAAACAACUACGACUUGCUUAACAUUAACAUAGCCACGGAGGAAGAGCUGAUGACACUUCCUGGAAUAAACAGAUCAACAGCACAAAAUAUUAUCGACUACAGGAGACAGAUCAGCAGUUUCAAGAAAAUUGAAGACCUUGCCUUAGUAUCAGGCGUUGGUGCUACAAAAUUGAGUCAUAUUCGAUCUGAGAUUUGUGUCAGUAGUAAACGCACUCCCAGCUUACACAGUAAUUCACCCGAUGGCAGUAAAUCGGAUUUGAACAGCAGCACAACGUCAAGCUACCGUGAGAGGAAGAAGUCAAACGGGACGUCCCCCGUCAAGGUCAACGUGAACUCAGCCAAUGUCUUCCAGCUGAUGAAGGUCAAGGGUCUUGGUCAGAGUCUUGCUGAAAAUAUUGUGAUAUAUCGUGACAAAAAGGGUCCGUUUAAAUCUAUCGAUGAUCUAGUCAAGGUGAAGGGCAUUGGUCGUAUACUGAGUGCAAUACAGCAUAGUUUGACAUUAGAUGACAUCGAUGCUGCAAAGAAACCAAGUGUGUACACAAAUGGAGGGUUGCCAAAUCAUAGCAAUAAUGAUAGUCAUUGUGAAGGUACUGACAUCGGAAGGAAUAGUUCCAGAGCUUCCAUGGAAAAUUUGGUGGAUAUACUCGGUCCACUUUCCAAAAAACCCUUUCGGGCGGAAGUAGCACCGUUUAAUUUCAAGUGGAAAAACAGACGAGUGUUUCGUAUUGCCAGUUGGAAUCUUGAACAGUUUUCUGAGGAAAAAAGCCAGAAUCCAGGAGUGCAGGAAGUGGUGGCCAUGACCUUGCUGGAAAAUGGGUUUGGUAUAGUUGCACUCCAGGAAUUAGCCAGUGAAAACGCCUUAGAAAGAAUCUGUGAUGAACUCAACACUCCCACAUCAGCUAACAACAAGAAGUGGGUGGGUCACCGUGGCAACUGGAGAUGUUCUGUCUCAGAAGCCACUGGAAGGAUGUUCAGGAGUAUGGAAUACAAUGCGUUUUUGUACGACGCAUCACAGAAUAUUGAGCUAAUUAGCUGCUCGCUGUUGAAGAAACCGGCAUCAGGGACAUUUCCCUUUGUGAGGCGGCCGUUCUUGGGGGUGUUCAAGAUAAACAAGAAGUUCGACUGUGUGGUGGUCAGUGUCCAUCUGAAGGCAGCAGGACUGCAGGAUGAAACGCUGAACAAGACAAAGGAUGAAGUCCGCCAAAUCCCAGCCCUCAUUUCCGCCAUAGAGCACCAGCUUCCAGGAGAAAACGACAUUAUCAUUGUAGGAGAUUUCAACCUGUCCCCAGAUUCUGAUGACUACAAACUGCUGACCUCAAAUGGCUACACCCCCUGCAUUCCUGCCAACACCGCCACCAACAUCAGCAACCGUAACCCCAACGGAACCCGUUGCUAUGACAACAUUUGGAUCAACAGACACACCAAAGACGUGUAUACAGGUCGUUCCAGUGUUGUUCGUGAUGGCCUGUCCAGCCCAUGGAUACCAAACGGCUGGUCAUGGGGUGGUGUUGUGAGUGACCACUGCCCGGUGUAUGCAGAAAUCUGCAGCAACAAAGAUUUGGACAAUGGAAGCACAAAUAUCGGAUCGGAGGGUGUUGUCUUCACAGUUGGGGGAGGCGACUCUUGACACCAGAAAAUAGUGUACUGUGAAAAAAAAGCAAUUGGUGCCAUCUGUUAUUGAGUAUUAUGGAUGGAGUUGAGGCAGGUUAUGCACACAGCUGCAGCUUUAGGAAAAAAUGCUGUCAGGCGAGACGACUCCUGUCCGAGAAAUGCAAAUAGAAGGUCAGAGUUGUCUCCAUUAACAGUUGAUUGGUCAAGGAUACCGGUAAUUAAUGUCAAGAUGAAGAUAUGUGCAUGGUUUGAUAUUUGUAAUAAAUGACAUGGGAAUAUUCUGAGUGAAUAUAUUUAAAGAUUUUUUAGACUACAUGUCAGCCAGAUAAUUCACUCAAGUUCCUCAGGGAUGGAGAGAUGCACACCAAGAAACCAGUGAGACUGCCCCUCGGGGUUUUGGAUAAUAUUCAGGAGGAAACAGUACCUCCCUUUGAGACCCGUUGUUCAUCCGACAAUACAGUCAAGGAGGAGGAUUACGCUUCAUCAUAGGCAACACAUUUUGCGAAGAUUGAAUAAACGACUUUGCCUUUAUUCACUGCA